AGUACUGCUUAAAAUGCACCGCUUUCUCCCGGUCGUGAGAGAGCUCAGGGUUGCAGCAGUGCAUUCGCCGUUUUCUUUUAGUUCAUAUAUUAAAAAAUCCAUUGAGAAAAAAAAUCUUUAAUUUUUUCAUUCCCGUUCCAAGUAUAGCCGAGGCCAGUUGCAUGCAUUGUUCUCCUCCAAAAAUGGUUUGCGAGACAAAAAUUGUAGCCGAUGAACAUGACACCAUACCUGGGACCAAAAAAGAUUCAAUUAUUCUUUCCUCUUCUCAAAUAUGGACUUCUGCAUCGCCGUCCCCAAAUACAGUAGAGGGGAAAGAUGUGAAAAGUGAUACAGUAUUCAUCCGUGAAUUUCAGCGCUCGGACCAUGUGGAGGUCCGUCGCAUCUUCUGUGAAGGGAUAAUGGAGCGAAUCCCCAAUACUGCAUUUCGGGGGCUUAAACAUCAAACUCAAACGCAAUUCCUGUAUGCUUUUCUGACACUAAUGUGCUUUCUUGUGACCAAAUCCUUCACGCUGACCUGCGGCGUGCCGUUCAUUCUAUUGGGUGCGCGGUAUUACUUCAGUAGGAAAGUUAUCCUCGCCUAUCUCGAUUGCGUACUGCACACGGACAUGGCUGACAUCGAAGAGUAUUACAUAAAACCCGCAGGCUCCAGCUUCUGGGUGGCCGUGCUGGACGGCAGCGUGGUGGGAAUGGUGGCGGCGCAGGGCCGGGAGGAGGACAAUGCGGUGGAGCUGCGUCGCAUGUCGGUGGACUCGCGCUUCCGAGGGAAGGGCAUCGCCAAGGCACUGGGCCGGCGCGUGCUGGAGUUCGCCGUGCACAACAACUACUCGGCCGUGGUACUGGGCACGACCGCCGUCAAGCCGGCCGCCCACAAGCUGUACGAGUCGCUGGGCUUCCGGCAUGCCGGCGAGAGCGAGGAGCACACGCUGCCCGGCAUGAGCCACUCGCUGCUGGAGAGGAUGUUCUUCCAGAUCCGCUACCAUCGCUACCGGCUGCAGCUGCGUGAGGAGUAGAUCUUCAGCCAGCGAGCUGAGGCCUGCUCCCUCCACUGCGCCUCAUCACUAUAUUACUACUACUAUCAGUCAUACUAAGUAACCAGCGUUUUAUUGAUUUUUCUUUUUGUUUGACUUCCUCAGAUUUUAUUUUCUAUUUACUAGUUCUUUUUUGUUUACAUAACUGCAGAAUCUGUUCCAUCAAUCUCACCUUUCCCCUAACCUCUCCAUCCCGAGCAACAUGUGAGAUAAUUGUUUCUUGGAGGCAACCCCUCCCAUCACUCCUCACCCCGCCCCCCCCCACCCCCACCCCCACUCUCCUGAUGACCUGUCCCUGCAGUUCCACCAACGUCAGGCCCUCAGAGGAGGGAUCAGUGGAUGGGGCCUGUCAGUUUCAGAGGUGGACCACAGCCCCACCCUGGUCGAUGGCGGGGGCACACCCAGCCCCCCCCCCCAUCGCUGUCAAACACGCGCUGGUCUCGUUCUCGCUCCUUUCUGAGCCGUUUGCCGAAGGUGACAACUCAAGCACAGCAGUAUAUCCUCUCCAUGUUUGCAAACAACGAGGGGAGAGUACAUCUCGCACAGAGCGACACCCGUGCCUCCCACCUCUUCGUCUGCCCCUCCUCCUCCUCCUCCUCUUCAAAGGCUGUGAGACUCCACCCCUCCCCCGCAGGCUGGAGCGCUCUGGUGCCGUGCCGAGACGCCGGAUCCGGGAAGUGCAUCCACGGUGGGAGGUGAAGAUAGCACUGGCACGUGUCACUCUGACAAUCGAUGAUGGAGCGACCCCCCCACACCCCACCCCACCCCUUUCCUCCAUAACAUGGCCAGACACACGAGGGUGACUGUGUGCGUGCAUGUGUGUGUUUGUGCGCGUGCGUACAUGUGUGUAUGUGCAUGACUGCUUCUCUGCGUGUGUUGGGGGGGCGGGGGGGGGGGGGGGGACACAAACACAAUGAAACGCUAACAAACGUUAAGAGCAAACUGAUCAAUGUGAAAACGGAAGGCUUGUUAUUUAUUUAAUUUAAAUUUUUCUUUUGUGCACAAGUGUGUGCGUACAUAGAUUUGGGUAUGCAUGUACACACAUAUGCAUGGCUCAUUAAGAAAUUAAUGAAAAUUCAUUUUUAAUCUAAUCGACUGAUUAUUUGUACCAUAACGAACUGACCUGAUGUUAGUUCUAAUAUUAAAAGUUUUCUUGUGGAACUUUCUGGAUAUGCUGCAGCACUAUGCCAUUGUAAGAAGCAUGCUUUAAUAACAGGUAACUUCUCUUUAAAAGCUACCAGAGAAGGGGCGUGGUCACACUGUUAAUGGCUGUUUGUCACUGACAUUUAGAUUGCAAAACACAGCAUCGAAAACAGUGACGAAUGCGGGUAUAAGGAAAAGCAUCAUGCGUAUGGGCUGCGUAUCUCCACGCCUGAACUUAUUUAUGCAUACAUGUAUGUAGAUGCACAUUACAUACCAAAAUGCCCAAGAACUCUCUCCACUUACUCCACACCAUGCCAAAACCAGCAGGAGAGACUAGAGUACAAUGAGCCUGAUUUGUUACAUAUCUGUAAAAAGUGAGAGAAAAAAAAAACUAAAAAAAAAGAAUACCUUAAAAAGUGAAGUUGAAGCCGUUCACCUCAAAAUUCACUUGCCUUGUGUCAUAGCUCGCCCCCUGGAGUCUGACCGCCUCUGCAUGCUCCACUGAGGCCCCCCCCCCACAUUCGAACUUGUCACCCGUGAUGUCAUUGCGGCAGUGUGGCAUCCCAAAUCCAUGGCCUUUCACUGGCUGUCCAUCAGAGGCACGUGAAGACACGCACUGCCCUAAUGACAUCAUGCUCGCAAUUUGUAGUCUGCAGAAUCAAUGCAAAUCUGGCAUGCCUUUGUACCCGGUGCCAGUGCCUGCCCUGUAAAUGACAAAACUGAAGAAAAUAACUACAGAAGAGAAAGUGCGCCUCUUUUAGCCUAAAAUAUAAUGAUUUGUGUAUUUCUUUGUUUAAAGGAGUUACUGUUUUGCAUGAAACAUGUCUUUGAAGGAACUGAGUAGGAUGACCAACCAUGUGGCAGUCGAAGAGUUGUACAUCUUUAACCUUGUUUUACUUUGAUGGGAUCAAUUCUUAGUGCUGGGGUGGGGGGGCAUGUUUAGACGCGGUGCUGGAUCAUUCUCUGAGCACACAGCAUGUUGAGUAAAAAUGUGGAGGAAGCAGCCAGACACGAUUAGGUGUUUCUGAUGGCGUCCUCAAUAGUGCCCCCCCCCCACUCCCACAAUCCUAAAACACCAGUCAGAUCAAAGGUCAAGAUUUGGGGUAAUAAGGUCAAAUGAAAGACAGAAGUUCAAAUUGUUCUGAGUCAUAAUAACGAUCAGUGUUGGGCAUUUGAGGUCCAGAAAUCAAUCCAGACCAGGAUUUCAUUUGUACCAACCAGUUAAGCAUAAAGUCACACUCUCAGAGUACUCGCCUGGUUGGUAGAAACAAAAUCCUGGUCCGGAUUUGUAGUUUCUAGACCUCAAAUGCCCAACACUGAUUACUAUUAUAUGGGCAUGAUGUAAUUGCAGUAAAUAUGGUAUUUUGCAUACUAGGUUACUUGUGACCUUGAACUUAAAAGCAUUGCAAUUUUUCCAGCUGUUAUUUUAAAAUCAAAUGGGUGAAGUCUAGGGACAGACGGUGAGAGAGAAAUCAGCAGGUCAUGUGUAAUGGAAUCGAAGUGUGAGGUCGCUGUGAACUUGGGCAUGCUGUCAUAUUGCAGGUUGGAAUUCACCUUCUCACUCCAGCACAUAUCCCAGCGGCCGAUAUGCUUCACUAUGUUUACACCACAGAAGCGCACAAAGUCAAGAACCAGAAACUGGAUGAGGUCACUUCAGUAGGCCCUGGGACGACUACCUUAAUCAUAAAAAGGUUCUGAAAGACCCACAAAGUGCACCGCAAAGCUCUUCAUUCUGAGAGUUCUUUGAUCCUGCCCAACUUGAAUUGCUGAAAUGAUUGAUCACAGCAAAGGAGGAACUGGAACGUUAGCUAGUAUCUGGCGUAGAUACACGUGUAGGCAGAUUCUAAGACGUUUGGUAUACGAUAGGAUUUAUCUGUCACUAGAGGGCUUUAUGAUUUGGUACAUGGAUUUUGAAUGUUUUUUCUUUUUGUAUAUUUUUUGUUCAGAAGUUUCACUUGAGGCCUGUACAUGGAAGGAAAUCAGCUGUUUAAGAAUCACAAUAAAAUGUCCAGGAGUGCAGCUUUGGGUUCUGAGCAGGACGGCCGUAGCCAACCAAUAGCACACUGCUCCAGGAAAGCACAUCUUAAGUCCUAGCCCUAGUUUAAGAACAUUGAUUCAAAAAUAUUAACAGCACAAUCGUCUUUACCAACCAGUAUCUCAUGCUGGGUCUGUUCAACUGUGAAGCUGUAGAGCUGGUAGACUUGAAUGUAAGUGGCAAGCAGUACUGUAUGAAAAUGAUCUAGGUAUCUGAAAGAAAUGCAAAAUGGUAUAUAUUUUUUUCUUUUUAGUGACCAAUCCGCUGUCUUAAUGAAUUCCUCCUUGCCGAAUGAGUUGAUGUGUUGUUUGUGAUGGCCAGAGCUUUGCACGGCUGAGGGUCUGAGUUGUCGGUGUGUUACCUUCCCUGAUAGAUGGUCAUGUGACAAGAAGUUUGCACCUCAGGUGUUAUCCUCUGGUGCUAAUGACCUCUGACCCUCUCAGGGCAAGAAGCGAGUCAAUUUGGAUGAAUACCUUGCCAACAUGGCACCCAGUCAGGGAUAAAUCUGCAUGCUGUUUUCCUUGGGCACUGGAAUGGACCACUGGCUUGAGAUCCAGUGGAUUUGGCUUAUGUUUAAAAGUUUUAGCAUCGUAGCUAUAUGCAGAGACAGGAGUGGGCUUUCCCAGCAUUGCUGCACCGUCACUGCUGCUCACCUCGAGGAGUCAGUCAGAGCUCUGACCAGGCCGAUGUUCAUGCCAUGUUGAAAGUGCCCAGCUCACGUAUGACCUGUGUGUGCUAUUCUCUUUGUGCUCAGCCUGCCAGCACCUGUAUAUAGGAGCUCAAUUAUCAGUGUGUUGUCAGAGUGACAGACUAUAGCAGUGGGACCCCCAGACAGUCCACAUUUUUGCUCCCUCCCAGCUCCCAACAUACACAUUCCUGGUAUAUGGUGUUUUUGACUGUCUAGGGCAGGGGUGGCCAAUCUUACCCAGAAAGGGCUGUUGUGUGUGCUGGUUUUCACUGCAACUCCCUAAUUAGAUGACUGAUUGGCUGAAGAGUCCUCACUCCUGGGAUUGAACAGCUGACCUAAAGGUUACCCCAAAAACCUGCACACACACUGGGCCUUUGUGGAUGACAUUAGCCACCCCUGGUCUAGGGGGUUCACGAGGAGUGGGUUGAGAAACACUGCUCUGCAGAGCAUGUGUCAUUCCUCUCUGAGUAGGAUGCCAAGUCCUUCAUGGUCAGGCGCACUAGUAAGUAGGGCCUGGGUCUUUGACUUUUGGACAAACGUUUCAGGUGAUUCCCUGGUAGCACGAGUUGGCACCAGGGCAGACUGAGCUGAGAAUGACAGGCUGCACCUGACACCCCUCGCUGUGGCCGUUACAGUCACCAGCAAGACUACUGGGCGAGCUGACAAGCAGCCCUUCAGAACAUCUUUGCAAUAUCAUUUUGGGUAUGUCAGGGGUCCUGACCUGAUCACUAAAAGGAUGAGGAUGACGGGGGUGAAGAUGAGGACCUUCUGUUGGCUGUAAAGAUGAGGUGCUUCUGGUGGCUAUGAGCUUGUGAUAAUUGCACUCCACCACAGGUGCUGGAGGCUGGUGGUUGCACGUCGGUGUUACAGUAUACACACAAGCAUGGACGGUACUACUACACGCUGGUUGUUUACCCAGAACCUCUUCCUCUUGGUGUUUGAGUAUGAGAAGCUGGGCCAGAACUUGGUGGUGUUGUGCCGGUUGAGAAGAACAAGAAGAGCAUAAGGAAGAGCGUUCUGAGUCUCCCUUUAUGUAACGAUGGCCAUCGUGUUCUUCACUAAGUUGAUUGCAUGUAUAUAGCUGUAUUCGGUGCUUAUGUUUAGUUGAGAAGCUCUGUUAUCACUGAUGAUUUUUGUCUAUGUGGCUUUAAUGCGACGUUUCCUGGUCAGUCCCUGUCGCAGCCUCCGGGGGGGUGGGUGGGUGGAGGGGGAAGAGGAGACACAAAACUGGAUUGCCUCCUGCGUUUUGUGGCCAAAGACUGGUCCGUUUGUAGCUGCCGAGGACACAGAGCGGGCUUGUGGCACAGCCGUUUGUUUCCCCUGUGUUUUACCGCCUUCGCUGAUGACGCAGUGUGACCUGCACGUAUAUGAACACCACACGCUGUACAGAGAAACGUGUUCUUUUAGCGUUAUGGAGAGUUAUCAUUUGCCAAAAGGCUUGUUUUAUAGGUUGUGCAUGUUUUACCAAUGCUUAUAUUUAAAAGGAUUUCUUUGGAAGGUCAUCCCACUCCAAAUGCCGUCUUACCUAGCAAUAAAAAAGAAACCACAAAGUACAACCUUUGGGUCAAGUGCAUAAAUGCUGCAAGGAUGUUACAUCCCAUUAACUGUACUUAUCCAGGGCUGAUGUGGUCACUAUGCUGCUGAAUUACUGCAUGGCAACGUUACCGCCAACAGGUGGAGCUCUAAAAGGGAGGUACCACUGUCCCAGUGCUAUUUUUAUUAAAUUCACAGACUAGACUGCAUUUAAUCAUUACAGUUCAUGGAGCUCUACUGCUGGGCUGGGGGAAGGGGGAGGUUAAGGGUUCAAAUCCUACCAGUUUGGUGAUGAAAAUGAGGAAUGCUGGGUCAUCUCUAAAAGCUGCCAGGUUCAGCUCAGCUCAUCAGAUGGAUGCCUCUCUGAUCACUGUGCGUUUCACCAAUCACCACUGCAGACAGACUUUAACGAACAUGCUGCAGAACUUACAGGUCCAAAAGUAGGACGGGGAAAGAAGGUUUACACUGAAGAUGCGUUCAAAUUUAAGUUAGCAUUUUAAUAUGUGUAAAUUGUAAAGUGUAUUUUAAUGUAAAUAGCAUCAAGGACGUUUUAUCCUUUUGUAGCAGGACCUGUAGAACAAUUUAAGGGUAAAAAAAAUUACUUUACACACCUACAGUGAAAAAAAAUGAAUCAUCCUGAGAGAUGGGUGAAACGUGCAGUGCGAGUGGAGGGAGGAUGAGCUUUUAGAGGUGCCCCGCAACCUGGCGUGUGAGUGACGCAGUAAGGCAGUGCGUUCCUGGGGGCUGCGGCUGAGGAACCCUUUAUCGCUGCAAUUCCAGGGUCCAGCUGCGCGUGUCUGUUAGGUAACAAACCCAUGCAGAGCGGCUGGACGACGUGCUGCAGUACAG